AUGUGUUUCUGUCUAAUUUGCUUGUGUGAGUGAUGUCUCCGCCAUUGAAAAUCAUUUUAGCCGAGAAUUGAAAUAGGUUGUACCUUUCAUAAUCGGCAAAAAUCUUAAACAUCUCUCUUCUUUUACCUAUUCUAUUCAACCAUAUUUCGUACACAUACAAUAUAUCCGAUGGCAGACAGAGACACAGAUGAGUUAAACAUCGAUAACGUAAUAAAAAAAUUACUAAAAGUACGAGGUGAGAAGCCUGGUAUGAAUGUUCAGUUGACGGAAAUAGAAAUUAAAGGGCUAUGUUUGAAAUCAAGAGAAAUAUUCUUGUCACAGCCUAUACUACUUGAACUUGAAGCUCCUUUGAAAAUUUGCGGUGACAUACAUGGACAAUACUAUGACCUCUUAAGGUUGUUUGAGUAUGGUGGCUUCCCUCCGGAGUCCAACUAUCUCUUCCUCGGAGACUAUGUGGACCGUGGCAAGCAGUCCUUGGAAACAAUAUGCCUGCUCCUCGCCUACAAGAUUAAAUAUCCUGAGAAUUUCUUUCUUUUACGCGGAAACCACGAGUGUGCCAGCAUCAAUAGGAUUUAUGGGUUUUACGAUGAGUGCAAAAGGAGGUAUAACAUUAAACUAUGGAAGACGUUCACAGACUGCUUCAACUGCCUUCCCGUUGCGGCGAUAGUUGACGAGAAAAUCUUCUGUUGUCACGGUGGUCUGUCGCCGGACCUGCAAGCUAUGGAACAGAUCCGGCGGAUCAUGAGGCCGACGGACGUUCCCGACCAGGGUUUGCUCUGCGACCUGCUCUGGUCCGACCCCGACAAGGACACGGCCGGCUGGGGCGAGAACGAUCGCGGAGUCAGCUUCACUUUUGGAACCGAAGUCGUGGGCAAGUUCUUGUCCAAACACGAGUUCGACUUGAUCUGUCGCGCGCACCAGGUCGUCGAGGAUGGAUACGAGUUCUUUGCGAAGAGGCAACUCGUCACACUCUUCUCGGCACCAAACUACUGCGGGGAGUUUGAUAAUGCAGGCGCCCUGAUGUCCGUGGACGAGACGCUGAUGUGCUCGUUCCAGAUCCUGAAGCCGGCCGACAAGCGCAAGCUGUACUCGGGCCUCAACAUGGGCCGCCCCAACACGCCGCCGCGCGCACAGCCCAAGAACAAGAAGAAAUUUAUAUGAUCCACGAAAAAAAAUUACAGUUAAUGGCCCCACACGCGCGCCGUCCGCCGACACACGCAUGGACACCCCUCCCUCACCGCUGUACACUUAAAAUACCUUGAACGGGUUGAUGUUUUAGUGAAUCUUUGUUUCCUUAAUUAAAUGCAUGAGCGUUAGAGUCUGGCAACCCAGCAACCUCCCAUAAAGACGGGCAGUUGGCCUAAAGGUCUAGAAACCAGGCCAUUAACUAAAAAAAAAAGACGGUCAGAGAUUGCGUCUAAACGAUAUCCAGUAACAGAGAGAAACAUUUAAAUAAUGGUUGUUACAGUUUUCCAUAAAAAAAUGCAUUAAGGGUUUCGGUUUCCGGUCUCUCAGAUUCGCUGUCGAGAAAAUGAGUGUUAAAAAUUCGCUUGGCCCCACUUGAACUGUCCGCUAGUGAAAAGGUCUCUGGUCAACGGCCCCUAAUGCGGUCAGGCUAAGAGAGAAAAAAAAACAAUCCAAUAUUAUGUUUCACAGAAACUUGCAGUGAAAUUGACUCUAUGAUCAAGUUUAGUAUUUUAAUGCUAUCAAAGAAAUCAAAUACAUGUCAGAUUCAAUAAUAUCUAAUAGUUGUUACGCACAAAUUACAAUGGUUCCUUUUGUUUUGUUAUUUAAUUUGGUAAUCUUAAAACUGACUCCGAAGUCGGGGAAUUUAUUUCGUAAAAAAAAACUACAAAACCGUUUAUUUGUGACAAAACCGCACUUAAACUUGAUAUGGGGAUAAUAAAUUCAUCUAAAACAUCAAUUCACAGAAACGAUCGUCGCAGAAACGUGUUCCAAUUGAUAUUUCAUCAAAGCAAUAAUUAAAAAAAAAAGAACCGUCCUUUUACAAUGACAUGACUUUAAAAGUUGGCUGUACGAGACAAUAUACCUUUGCGAUGUGUCUAUUUGAAUUUGAAAUGAGUGUUGCCGGUAGUGUCAAAUGAAACACGUUUUGAUAGAUCUUUAUAUCAUAAUUAUUCCAUUGUUUUCUCUUUGUUUUUAUGAAAAUAAAAUUUGUAGCAUUCAAUCAAGUAUUAAUUAAACAGCGUUAUUAAUCGCUCUCUUCGUAUGUUAUUUUAGAAUUGGUCACACCGUAAUUGUAAGGUAACAUUUUAGAUGUUUACGGAAAAUGUAAAAAAAAAAAUGUUGCCCGUUUAAUUUAUUUUUUUAAUUUGUACAACAAUUUUCAUGUUUACAAUUGUUGGAAAAUUGUUACGCCUUUUUCUCCGCUUAAUCUCGAUCUGCCGUGUAAAGUGAUUUUUACAGCUUCCUUUUUUAUUAAUUAAUUUAUGUGACAUAUCUUAUUAUGUAUUUACCGUGCGUCUUCUGUGCGUGCGAAUAUCAGUUUGAUUGAUCCCGUAUGCUUGUAAUUCGAAAAUAAUAAAUUCUGUUAAUAUAAGGUAUCAAUGUCCACAUUUGUAUUAUCAUGGCAACACUAGUCGUUAUAAUACAAUGACAAUCUAUAAAACAUGGCGGUAUAUAGAAGAUUUAUGAAAUUUCCUCUACUUGAAUGUAAUUGGUAAACUAUUUUAAUAUUUAAACUUCAGUUGGAUCGGAAUACAAAUUAAAAUAAUUUGAGAAGGCAUUUAAUGAAAAGGCGCUCAGACACACACAAUUAAACACAUGUACAUAUUAUAAUAUGAUAAAAGGAAAUAUCUUGGUUCCUUUUCUUGUAUUAUGUAUGAAGAUUUACUGAGUAAAAUAUUUAAAAAUAAUGUAAGAUUUUGUAGUAAGCGAAAAAACUGUAAGUUUGCAACGCGCGCAGGCGGCGAUGCAUUUGGAUGGGAGUGACCAGUAUAUAAACAUAUAUAUUAUAUAUGUGAGCACACCGUUCUUUAAACGGAUGUUAGUACUUGUUCUUUAUCGCGUGCUUUGGUUUUGUUCAUUUUGUGUCUAUAAACAAUAUCAAGAAUCAUGUGUGUUUUUUUUAUUAUCUCAAAAGACUUGGUUUGACGAUGAUUGAUGUUAAUUUUGUUAUUAAAUAUCUAAUUUUGUUGAUAAUCGAAAAAACUGUGCUUUGCCGAAUUCGAUUAAGAUUUUUUAAUAGAAUUCCCGGCGAAUUGAUUCAACUCUGAUAUAUUAAUAGUAUUUUUUUGGCAAUACAAAUACGAUAUUGCUUAGGUGAAUUGGGGGAAUAGAUUGCAUUGGUCGCGUAGCCUCAUUCAUAGAUGUUUGAUUUCGACGCUGCCUUGUAAUCAGAUUAUUACAUUCACGAGGUUUUCAGCUCUGUAAACUGAAGAUAUUGUUUAGAAAUUAUGAUGGUCCUCAGGAUUUUUGCUAAAUCAUCAAUUUUGAAGAAAACGAUUUUUUCAGUGAUUUACAUCAAGGCAAUUCACGUUUUGUAACAUGGAAACAAAAUUGAAUAAAUAAAUAAAAACGAGUGAAGACGUGUGCGCUUUCAUACGUGACUAAGUUUACCAUUGUAAUAUACCAAAAUGGUAAUUUUUAGAGAUUCGUAUGUUAGGCAUGUGAAGUGGAAUCUCAUCCAUCCUUCCCUGGUCAAUGACCACUGUAUCACUGCGCCCGGUAUGGUGUGUCUUUGUCAAAGAUACUCUACAAUCAAGCUCCGGGUUAUUAUUAUUAAACCACUUCUUGCCACAAGAGAUUUCUCGGCCCUCGGUGUGGGUAAUUGAAGUUACUUUUUCUCCCGGGUUCCUUUCGAUUUGGUCAAAGAAGUAUUUUUUUAAAAUUGGGAAGCCUUAAAAUCGCGUUUAUCGAUUUAUUUUGACGAACGUAUUAUUAUUUAACGAGCAAAACCAAAGUACUUUAUAAAUAACAAGGAUUUAGAAAAGCUUUUGUGAUGCGUCUUGUCUUAGCCGACCUGAAGAUUUGUAAUUUAAAAACGCACAGUAAUGCUGAUUCUUGCAAAUGGUAUAAUUAAAAGUACUUAUUAAAUGUGUUUGAAGGUAGAUGAAAAUGAAUAGGUUUUGGAACAUUGCUGGCGACUGUUUUUUUUUUUUAAUGUAACAAUCACCAUUGCUGUGCCAUUCCACCGAUAGUGUUACCAGAUUGAAGAGUAAAAUGGGGGUUGUGUUAAAAUGGCGUUUCAUUGCGUACUCACUCAAUGUUUUUAUUUCAUUGCUGCCCGCGUUAGACUGAACCGGUAUCCCAUCACUGAUGUGUUGGUUUAUGAACAGAAUUGUAUAAUAAUUUUCUUAAAUAAAAUACUUUAAAAUU